AUGUCUAUCAACAACAACACAACUUCCUACCAAGGCGUCGUGUCUCCACAAUUUUACUUAUCGAGCAUGCCUCCUCCAUCAGCAGGAAACAUAGCUUGGAGUGUCUGCCUUGCGAUCGUUGGGCUGCUAACGAUUGUUUUCAACUCUCUCACCAUCACCGCCUUCUCCCAACCAAGACUCAGAAGGCCUCCACACUAUUUGCUAAUCUCACUGGCAUGUGCCGAUAUCAUGGUGGGAUCCAUGUCGAUACCAAUUUACACCACUGGAAUGCUCAAUGCUGUCAGAAUCACUGUAAAAAGAAGGGCCGUGUUCUGGUUCUUUGAUUUUCUGCCAGGACUGGCCUCUAUAUUUACUCUGGGGGCAGUAUCACUUGAGAGGCUGUUUGCAAUAGGCUGGCCCAUUCUUCACAGGGUCACUUCACCGAAGAUGUACUUUGCAUUUAUCGCAAUACCAUGGAUUUUAGCGUUAAUGGUCGCCUCUUUGCCGCUAUUCGAUAUGUACAGGUUGUUACCUCAGGGUCUAAUGUUUACCGUUGUCACUACUUAUAUCAUACUGUGGCUUAAAGUGAGAUUGGAAAGAAGCAGCGAUGUCUCUGGAGCCGACAGAACUGUGAGAGAAAAAGACAAGCGCUUAGCGAUCACACUCGUCAUAGCCACCGUGAUUUUCGUUUUUACAGGGCUGCCUUAUCCAAUCAUGUUAAGCAUUGUUAAUCUUUGUCGUCCGUGCCUGUUCAAGAGAUUUCAACUGCUCUCUUAUCUCUCCUCAGUGAGCAAGUUUUUGCAUUUGAGCAAUUCUUUUCUCAAUUUUGUAGUGUAUAUUUUAAGGAUAGCUGAAUUUCGUGCACUCAUCACUAGACUAGUCUGUUGGAGGAAUCUCUCUACACGAGUAGAUGUGGCUUCGUCUCAUCAUCGCACAUCCAAGAUAAAAUCAUCUGAGAACACUCGUGUUGGCCAGGUCAGCCAUGACUGA